AUGGAACGAUUACGUCGAAAAUUGUUUAAAUCAAAAAAAUCUGUUAAAUCAACAACUAGUGAUUCAAGUAGAAAAGAUGAUAAUGAUGAAAUAUAUCUUGAACCAGAAUAUGAUGAAACUUCAAAUAUUGCUUUACAUUUUGAUGCUAUUGCCGAUGAACUACUUACUCUGGCUAAGAAAUCAUCUCAUACAAUUCGUUUAUCAAAAAUACGUGAUGAUCUAUUAAUUAUAAAAACAAUGAUAACACGAAAAUUAACUGAAAAUUCUAAAGAACUUUAUCAUGCAAAUAAAAAAAUUGAUUUAUUAAAACGACAUUUACAUAAACAAGCAAUUGAUACUGAACAUGAAGGUUCAUUUAGUACACGAUACAAUCGUUCAUUUGCAAGCGAUCAUAGCGUGGCCGAUUCAGCAUCAUGUUAUUCCAUAUGGUCACCAACUAGUAGUAUAUUAAGUUCAUCAGUAACAACUCCAACAUUUCGUCGACGUUUAGCUGAAGUAUCUGUAUCAAAUAUAAAUUAUUCAUCAAUAAUUCAAGAACAUUUUGUUUAUUUAUAUCAACAAUUAUGUUCAAAUUGUUCAAAAUGUUCGUGUUAUCAAACAUUUAUACGUAAUCAUAUUGAAUUAGAAUAUUUAUCUAUAUGUUCAUAUAAUGAACAAUUAAAAUGUGAAAAUGAUUUAUUACAACGUCUAUUAGCUGAUUGUAAAUAUUCAUAUGAAAAACAAUAUGUUUUAUUUUGUCAAUAUGAACAAUAUUUAAUUGAAUAUGAACAAUGUAUACAAAUACAAUAUGAACUUAUAAAAACAUUUCAACAAUUAAUUGAUCGUUUUCAAAUAAUAUUUGAUAAACGAAAACGUGAUGAUGAUAAUCAUGAAAUUCAUAUUUAUCAAAAAAUUAGUGAUAUUACAACUGUAGGAAUAAAUCAAGACAUAGAAAAUGCUGAACUUUAUCGUACGAUAUCUCUUUUAUAUGAACAAUGUCAACGACAUUUAUCUCAAUUGCCUAAGCGAGCACAAUUAUUUUCCUAUUCUCAAGAACAAUUUCAUCCUCCACCGAAUAUUUCUGGUAUUGUUGAUGUAGCUGAUCUUGAAAUAUCAAUAUUACUUGUUGAUUUAUUAACAUUAAAACACGAAAAUAGUGAAUUACGUUGGACAAAUGAUCGUUUAUUACGUGAAAAAAAAGCUUAUAAAACUAAAAUUGAUUUACUUGAAUUAACAAAUAAAUAUUUUAAAUUUAAUAAUGAAGAUAAUUUAUUACCAAGAACUUCAAAUAAUGAACUUAUACAACGUGAAAAAACUCUUCGUUUAUAUGUUUAUCGUUUAUAUGAUUUACUUCAAAUAACAUCAAAACAACUUAAAGAACGACAAAUUCAUUAUGAAAAUCUUAUAUAUCAGUUUAAAAUACGUCAUAGAGAACUUAUUGAACAUAUACGACGAAUAGAACAAAAUAAAAAACAUAUGAAAUAA